GCUUGUCUUGAGAGAACCAUUGGACAGAGCCCACUAUCUUUCCGGUUUCUUACUACCGGUAGGCUACAGGAAUCUUGCUCCCCGGGCUCUGGAGUCAAUUCAGCUAUUUACCCGCUAUAAAGAAAUGUCAAAUUUGUGUUGACUGGAUAUACUCAAUUGGGAUUGACUGUCGCGGAUUUUUUUCGCACUCAACCAUUUUAGCUGUCUCUCUCAGGUUUGAGGUUAAAGGGCAUCUUGUAUUUAGUGAUGUAUUAAAAUUUGUUCUGCGACGACUCGCCCCAAGAAGUACCUUGUUUUCGCCCAGUUGAGCUGCGAGGAAAUGUCUGGCUGAGGAUUUGUAACCCACGAAAACCUUGGCCCGUUUUGUAAUGAUAGAUUAAUGCACCGACAAUGGCAAACAAGGUACAGGUUUUGUAUGACUUCACUGCUGAGCCUGGAAACAACGAGCUGACCGUGAGAGAGGGAGAGACAGUCACUAUCACCAAUCAGGGUGUUGGAGGAGGCUGGAUAGAAGCACAGAAUUCCAGAGGAGAGGUUGGACUAGUGCCAGAAGACUACAUUGAGCUCCCAGGAGGAGGGGGAAAUGUAGGACAUGUAGCUGCCCCAGUAGCUGCCCACGCCMCAGACCUAUCGUUCUUUGACGCCUUCGCUGCACCAGCCAACAACACCACUCAGAACCAGGUGGAUGUUGGGGCCUGUAGUCCUCAGCCGGACACCCCCGACACCCCGGCCCCCCCUUCCUCCUCUUCCCCUGACGAGGCGAGUAACGGUAAAGACCCGUGGUCGGUAUGGAACCAGGACACCACGGGAGGUUCCUCCAACAACUGGGCGGCCCAGCCAGAGGGCACCGUUACAGGCAAGAGUGCUGCCCCUGACCCCUGGGGCUCCACAGCACCGAGCCAUCCUCAGGCCUACCAGGGCCCAGAUAUCUAUCCAUAUCCCUACCUUAUUGACUGGUCAGGAGCGGAGGACGAUGAGUGGGAUGAUGAGUGGGAUGAUGUGAAGUCGAACUCUGAGUCUGGAGAUGGAGGGGCCAUCCAGAGAGGAGGGGCUACUGGCUCCUCCAUGAAGAUCUCCCUCAACAACAGGUUCCCCGGGUUCUCCAAGUCUGGUCCUGAGGUGUUCCUCCUCUGCAAGCAACCACCCAAGGGAAAGGAGAAGAUAACCAUCUAUAUGGGGGAGGUUGGUCCAGUGUGGUCCUAUCCAGAGGCUCAGCUGGACUGUGUCGUAGCCGACCCCAAGAAGGGCACCAAGAUGUACGGCCUGAAGAGCUACAUCGAGUACCAUGUCAUACCCAACACCACAAACAGACCUGUCAAUCACCGAUACAAGCACUUUGAUUGGCUGUAUGAGAGGCUACUGGACAAGUUUGGUUCAGCCAUCCCCAUCCCCUCUCUACCGGACAAGCAGGUCACAGGGCGUUUUGAGGAGGAGUUUAUCAAGAUGAGGAUGGAGAGGUUGCAGGGCUGGAUGACCAGGAUGUGUCGGCACCCUGUGGUCUCCAACAGCGACGUCUUCCAACUCUUCCUGACCUACAAGGACGAGAAGGACUGGAAAACAGGGAAGAGAAAAGCAGAGAAAGACGAGGAUGUGGGAGUGAUGAUCUUCUCCUCCAUAGAGCCUGAAGCCCCCGACCUGGACCCCAUCGAAGUGGAGCAGAAGUGUGAUCAGUUCAGUCGUUUCACCAAAGCUAUGGAUGAUGGUGUGAAGGACCUCCUCACAGUGGGCCAGGAGCACUGGAAGAGAUGCACAGGACCUUUGCCCAAAGAGUACCAGAGGAUUGGCAAGGCCUUCCAGAACCUCUCGUCUGUCUUCACCAGCAGUGGAUACCAAGGAGAGGCCACCCUCACCGAUGCCAUGACUUCAGCAGGAAAGACCUAUGAGGAGAUAGCUCAGAUGGUGGCUGAGCAGCCCAGGAAAGACCUGCACUUCCUCAUGGAGAACAACAAUGAGUACAAAGGCCUUCUGGGAUGUUUCCCUGACACCAUUGGAGUACACAAGGCGGCCAUAGAGAAGGUGAAGGAGGGAGACCGGCUGGUGGCAGCUAGCAAGAUYACCCCUCAAGACAAAGUGACCAUGGCUAAACGUGUUGGCACCAUGUCAUAUGCACUACAAGCUGAGAUGAACCACUUCCAUAGCAACCGUAUCUACGACUACAACAGGGUGAUGCAGCUGUACCUGGAGGAGCAAGUGAAGUUCUACGAGACGAUUGCUGAGAAGCUGAAGCAAGCACACAGUCAAUUCACCACCAUGUAAACCUGCCUCCUAAGACUGAAAAUGCAAGAAACAGCUCAACACCCAAGAGAUCUCUCUUUUUCUAUUUCUCACUCUGUUGCUUUUUCCCUUUGCGCUCAGUGCAAUUUCAUUUCCUGCAGUCGUUAGCUAAUGAUGCUAAUGUAAUCUGUUUUAAACAGUCUAGGAACUGUUUAGGAAGAGGUGUAGACAGUCGAAACCCAGAUGGGUGGAUUGCAGCAGUGCCUGAUGCACAGUGGGUGCCACAUACAACACCAAACAGCCCAGUCCCACAGGAAACAACACUGACUUCUUCCUGUGUCUCAGGUCAGGGUAACAUGACAAACAUUCAGGCCCUCAUUGAACAUAUUGCACAGUUAAGCAUUGCCCUCACUGCCUCAGUGAUUCACUCAAAAUGCAGAGGUCAAAGAGCAGCUCUCUUCCCCUGGCAAAGAGGAUACUGUUUGCAUUUCCUUGUUUGACUGAAUCCAUGGGCUAGUCAUGACUUCCUCAGUUCCACAUUAUAGUAAACCUACAGUUCCCUACCUUGGUUCCCUGGUAAUGUUUGGAUGGAUGUGUUAUGGAUCUCUCCCAUGACCAAGCACGCCUUUGUGGAUGUUGUUUUUUGCUCCAUGGUUCUUUAUUAUCUCCUGGUCAUCAAAUGGACCUUAUCACAGCAUUUUUUAAUCACAGCAUUUCAACAGAAUUAUUUUUUUUUUUUUGUGUGUGAUUGAAACACACUCACAGUUCAGAGUAGAGAUGUUGCAUUAUGCCUUGUCAGUUAAGUUCCAGCAGAUAUGAGAGAGAAUGUCACCACGCCCCUUGCUUGUGAGUGUGUCUGAACACUGCUGGCAGUGCCCCGCCCCUUCCUUCACUCACUUCCUCGAUCUCUAACAGGAAGCUCGACCCUUUCCUGCCACUGUGCCUUGUUGACGUUCUGUAGAAAAUAGAACUGCAUGCUUCGCUCAUUCCCCCCUGCCUGAUUUUUUUAUUUUUUUACUUUUCAUAUCUUUCCCAAAACAUGGAGUUCUGCUUUUCUCCCUUCUGGAAGGACAGAUUCCGAUGGGGAAUGUUAGAGGUUAUGCAAUGGGAGCCUACUGCUCGUCCAUGGAAGCCAAACAUCAGCGAGCCAAUGUUUCUCCCAAAGCCAGUGCCAAACAUGGUGGCUGGGUCCCAAUACUCAUAAAUUGCUUCCUUGUUUUCUUUCCUUCAAAAACAGCUGAGCGGUUUCACAAUAUUGCUUUCACCUAUCGAAUCCUUACAUAGCAGUGGUUAGUAAGGAAAUGUGUUAAGACAAUUGGGACACAGCCAUGCCUUUAUCCAGGUGUCUAUGACAGCUCUUCUCUGCCUCACUCCACUUAAUACCGCAGUGCAAUCUUCAAUCAUUAUUUAAUCUCCCUCUUUCUAUUCUCGUCACAUAAAUACAAAGAAAUCUAUAUUCUAUCUGAUGCAUGUGCUUUUUGGUUGUUGAGGUAUUUUAUGUAUAGAAAUAUUUGCGAUACGUUGUCACCCAGAAAGAGGAGAAAUUAAGUUUGAUUUAAUAAAAAUGAUUUGUACUCUCCGUGUA